CAUUAAUCAACUUGUUUCAUCUCCCCCCCAGACAAGCCUCAGAUCACUAUGAGUCCUGGAUGUUUCUCCAUGAGCAUCACGGAGGGCGACACCCUAUCACUUAACUGUAGUGCAAAAGGUAACCCUGCCCCCUCCUACGAUUGGUUGCUCCCCCAAGCCGACCCCAACCCCAUGGAAGAGAGAUCCGUAGUGACCAUCACCAACAUGGCCAAGUCUCACUCUGGAGAUUACACCUGCAUCGCCAUCAACCCCCUGGGAAACAGCACCUGUACUGUUAACGUGGAGGUCACAGUGGACUACCUGCCCAUCUUUGCAGGGCUGGCUGCAGCUGUGGUGGUGAUCCUCUUGGUGAUCUCCUGUUUCACCUACUCAUCUUACUAUAAACACAGGCGCAUGGGCCACUACCAGCUGAAAGACAUGUUGCCACGACGACACAAGAACAAACACGUGGUGCACCACAACGGAAUGGACCAGUCCUUUAUGUAGAGGAGGGGUUGGGGUCAGAGCAUGUGAAAUCCUGAUGAGUGGGUGUGGCUCUCCACGUCCUUUCCUACCGCUCCCUCACAGAAAAAAACACUGCUCAAAAUCCGCUACAUUCAUUUUUAUCACAAUUUAAAUCACAAUUUAAUCUAUUUUUGGACAACCUGGACCUACCAAUUGUUUUAAGUAUUGAAACCAAACAAUAUGGAUGUGAAUGAAAGAUAUUUCAAUAAACAUGAAAUGAUGAACAU